AUGCCAAAGCAGCCUACUCCCAAGGUGACCACGGGAACGCGCCGAACGAAGGCCAAGAAGGAUCCCGCCGCGCCAAAGCGCCCGUUGAGUGCCUACAUGUUUUUCAGCCAGGACUGGCGUGACGCGUCAAAGCCGAGAACCCUGACGCAGGAUUCGGUAUGCGAUGUUGGCCGUCUGCUUGGAACCAAGUGGAAGGAGAUGAGCGACGAAGAGAAGAAGCCAUACGUCGAAAUGGCGAGCAAAGACAAAGAGCGUGCCGAGUCGGAGAAAGCGGCCUAUGCUAACAAGGCAUGA